AAAGGUCAUUGUACCACUUUUCCCUAUAAUGACACAGCUAUCCUUAAUAUCUCUGAUAUAUAAUUGAUCUUUUGUAUACUAGGGUUGUAUAAUAAUAAUACUAUCUGAUGUUUCAACUUCAUGCAAGUAUGCACCUGCAAAAAGAUAUAAUCCACACCUUACUGGUUGAAGUACAAGGUGUUCACAAGGUGUUCUAAUUAGCAGAGAAUAUAAAGCACAGCGGCAACAGAAAAACUCAGGUAAGAAAGGAAGAAUAUCUAUGAAGAAAAUUGAAAGCCAAGAAGGAAAAGGCUUCUAUCCCGCAUUUUUUGCAGCAGCCACUCAAAGUUGGAAAAGGGGAAAGCAGAAGAAUGUUGAUGCUACUAUUAUUCUUUAUCACUGUGAUUCUGUGUGUGAUACUUUCCUUUCGGAAACAGUUCAGUAAACACAAAGACCAUCCCCCAGGACCUUCUCGGAUUUCCUUGAUAGCAGGAAGACUGGUGGAGGGGACCAUCUUGUCAGAGAAGACAUUAAUGGAGCUGGCAAAGCAAUAUGGGAACAUUUAUUCUCUGUGGGGAGGAAAUUAUUAUAUUAUAGUCUUCUCUGGAUACCAAACUGUGAAAGAAGCAUUAACUAAACAUGCAGAAGCCUUCGAUGAUCGUCCGGUUACACCAUUCAUAUUGACUAUCACCAAAAACAGGGGUAUUGCAUUUUCAAAUGGUCACACCUGGUUGCAGCAAAGGCGGUUGAGUGUUGUCACCAUGAGGAAGUUAGGCCUGGGGAAAAAAAGCAUGGAAUCCCAAAUACAAGCAGAGGUCGAAAGAUUUUUGGAGGACCUGGGAAGUAAAAAAGGACAGCCAUUUGACCCGUCAAUGUACCUUACACAUUUGGUUGGCAAUGUAAUCUGUGCUGCAGUAUUUGGACAUCGUUUUUCCACUGAAGAUAAGGAUUUUCUGGAACUGAUUGAAUCCAUGCACAGUAUUUCAAAAUUUUUAAUAAGCUUCUCCCACAUCAUUUAUGAAAUUUUUCCAUUUAUCAUGAAAUAUCUCCCAGGGUCUCAGCAAAAAGCCUUGUCUGCUGUGGAGAAUAUAGUUGCUAUUAUAAAGAAAGAGAUCACACAUCAUAAGGAGUACCCGAACCUGCAUGAACCACAGGAUUUUAUUGAUUAUUAUUUUCUCCAAAUGGAGAAAAGCAAGAAUGAUCCAAAUUCUACCUUUGAUGAAGACAACUUGACUCAUUGCAUCGGUGACAUCUUUCUUGCUGCGACAGACAUAACUAGUGGUGUUCUGCAAUGGGCAUUGCUACUCAUGGCAAACCAUCUGGAUAUCCAAGACAAGGUCUACAAGGAGAUAGAAAAAGUUUUGGAUCCAUCUCACUCCAUCUGUUAUGCGGAUCGGAAGAACCUGCCUUACACCAAUGCUGUGAUUCAUGAGAUUAUACGAAGCAAAUACAUCACAUUCUUUGGAGUACCAAGAAAAUGUGUGAAGGAUGUUUACUUCAAUGGGUUUCUCAUUCCCAAGGGAGCUAUGAUUUUACCAGACCUGCGCUCUGUUCUUCUUGAUCCUGAACAAUGGGAGACGCCUGAAAAAUUCAACCCCAACCAUUUUCUGGACAAAGAAGGACAUUUUGUCAAAAAAGAAGCAUUUAUGCCCUUUGGAGCAGGUGGUCGGGUCUGCUUGGGGGAACUCUUUGCAAGGAUUCAGUGCUUCAUUAUGUUCGCCAGCCUACUGAGGGCAUUUAGAUUGCAACCUCCAGAAGGAGUGGAGAAACUCAGUGAAGAACCAGUAACAGGAGUGACUCUGCUUCCCUCUCCUUUUAAGAUCUGUGCUGUUCCUCGCUCUGGAGCACCAUAGAAGGGAAAAAUGACUAAAUGUUUAUUUCAUUCUACAGACCUUUUUCUAUUUCAAGUAUCUGUCACACCAGUAUUGAAAAGUCAAGGAUCUGUCACACCAGUCAUGAAAAGGUUAAUUUUUGAAUUGGCACUGGAAAUAAACCCUUACCCUGAUAAA